AGCCUGCCGCCCAGCCCUCCCCUCACCUGCAGCUUCCGCCCCGCCCCGCUGCCUCCCCAGGUACCUCCCUAGCCUGGCUACUCUGCCCCAGGGCCUCCUAUGAUUCAGGAGCUCGACCUGCAGAUACUCUUCAGCCCCAGCUGUUCCUCCUCCAGGACUUGUGCCCUGAGGCUGCCUGGUAUCUGAGGGUCUCCUUGGAGUUAGGGCUCUUCCUGGUGGAGGCUGAGGCUCACUGGUGUCAUCAGGCCCCUCCAUGAAUGAGACAAACCAAACCCUUGUGGGGCCCUCGGAGCUCCCUACAGCAUCAGCCGUGGCCCCUGGACCUGGCACUGGGGCCCGGGCAUGGCCCGUGCUGGUAGGGGUUGUGCUGGGGGCUGUGGUCCUUUCUCUCCUCAUCGCACUUGCUGCCAAAUGCCACCUUUGCCGCCAGUACCAUGCCAGCUACCAGCACCGCCCGCUGCCUGGGACAGGGAGAGGAAACCGCCCAGAGGUGGGUGAAGAUGAGGAUGAUGAUGGCUUCAUCGAGGACAAUUACAUUCAGCCUGGGGCUGGCGAGCUGGGGACAGAUGGUAGCAGGGACCACUUCUCCCUCUGAGCCCCAAUCUUUGGACACUCCCCUCCUCCAUCCAUGCCUGACAGCUUAAGGACAGUGGUUACUACAUGGGAGCCUCGAGCCUCAGGGACAGAGUGGCUAGGGCUUAAGGGUUGACCACAGGUAGAGCAAUUCUCCCUUCCCUGACACUAGUCACCACAGUGACAGUGACCCUGUCUUGCUCAAUAACCCUCAAUGGCUCCCUGAUGUUCUCAGGAUAAAGUUUAAUGAAGGCCUGAUGAUAGAAAGAAGGCCCUCUGUGACCAGGCCUCUGUCAGCCUUUUGGUUUCCUUUCUUACCUUCUCCUCCUUCACUCCCUGCUGAGCUAAGUGUGUGCCAUCCUCCGUCCUCCACCAUGUGCCUUCUCCCUGCAGCUUUGCACGCACUGUUCCCCUGCCCAGAUGGCCCUACACGCUUCACCUAAAGCCUCUGAGACAGUGAUGAAAACCUUGGUCAAUAGGCCCCACGGGGCCUGCCCAGAUGAUAACCUUUGAGCAGGUGAAAACCAGGGCCAAGUAUCUCACUGAAAUUUUUUCCUGUCAAUAAAGUAGGUAAUCUGGUUAUAACAUAUUAUGUUUUUUCACAGGGAUUAAUAAAUCUAUUUUCAUUUUGAAUAAAAAUA